ACUGUGAAUUGAGGUUUCGCAUAUCCCGCCCUCCUGGAGUUCUGAUACUCAACGCCCCAUCUCUUAGCCAUUGGGAAAACCACCUCGCCUCUUGUGGCAAACGGGCAGUUUUAACCGGCCAACACCAUUUGUGGAUUUAUGUAAAAGUGUCAGAAGCUCAGGAGAGCGAGGGGACGUGAAUUUCACAGACAUUCGGACACAGAUCUACCGGGUUCACCUGUACAGUCAUGAAGGCUUUUUUCCUGCUUGCCACAUUGCUGUGGUGUUUAACGACGAGUUUCUCCUGGGCAGCUAAGAUCGUGGUAGUUCCUCCAAUUAUGUUUGAGAGCCACCUGUAUAUUUUUAAAACCUUGGCCUCUGCUCUUCACGCCGAGGGCCACGACACAGUCUUCCUGGUGUCCGAAGGUCGUGAGAUCCCGCCUUCCAACCAUUAUCGUCUCCAGCGCUACCCUGGAAUCUUUAACAGCACCUCAGCUGACGACUUCCUUCAAUCAAAAGUUCGCAACAUCUUCUCAGGGCGUCUCACAGCACUGGAGCUAUUUGACAUCCUGGACCAUUAUUCUCAAAACUGUGAUGCCGUUGUUGGGAGUGCUUCUGUCAUGGAGCAGCUAAAACGUGAAAAGUUUGACCUCCUGCUUGUUGAUCCCAAUGAAAUGUGUGGAUUUGUCAUAGCUCACAUUUUGGGUGUCCAAUACGCAGUGUUUAGUACAGGACUGUGGUACCCUGCGGAAGUUGGGGCGCCAGCUCCUCUAUCAUACGUUCCAGAAUUUAACUCUCUACUAACAGACCAUAUGUCAUUGUUCCAACGGGUAGCUAACACAGCAGUCUACCUGGUUUCCAGAUUUGGUGUCCAGUUCCUGGUUUUACCCAAGUAUGAUCGCAUUAUGAGGAAAUAUAACAUUCAACCGACUGUGUCCAUGCAUGAUCUCGUUCAAAACAGUCGACUCUGGAUGCUGUGUACUGACAUGGCGCUCGAGUUCCCACGACCCACUCUGCCACAUGUUGUCUAUGUAGGUGGCAUCCUCACCAAACCCCCCAGCCCCUUGCCACAGGAGUUUGAAGCCUGGGUGAAGGAUACAGAUGAGCAUGGUUUCGUAGUGGUGUCAUUUGGUGCGGGGGUAAAGUAUCUGUCAGAAGACAUUGCUCAGAAACUUGCAGGAGCCUUGAGCCAUCUUCCCCAGAGAGUCAUCUGGAGGUUCUCUGGAGUUCCUCCCUCCAAUCUGGGCAACAAUACUAAACUAGUGGACUGGAUGCCACAGAAUGACCUGUUGGGCCACCCAAACACACGGGCCUUCUUGAGCCACGGGGGCUUGAACAGCAUCUAUGAGGCCAUGUAUCACGGUGUUCCUGUGGUCGGUGUGCCGCUGUUUGGAGAUCACUAUGACACCAUGACACGAGUUCAGGCCAAAGGCAUGGGCAUAAUGCUUGAGUGGAAAAGGAUGAGUGAAGAAGACCUUUAUACCGCCAUGGUUAAUGUCAUUACAGACGAAAGGUAUCGUGAGCGAGCACAGCUGCUGUCUCAGAUUCACAAAGAUCAACCUGGUCAUCCAGUGAGUCGGGCAGUUUAUUGGAUAAGCUAUAUACUCCGUCACCGUGGUGCCGAACACCUCCGCUCCGCAGUCUAUGAGAUCCCCACCUACCAGUACUUCUUAUUGGAUGUGGCUGUGGUGAUAGGAGUGUGCCUGCUUCUACUCGGCUACGUGCUAUACCGAAUAGGCAAGUGCAUCCAAUCACGACUGGGGCGUGGUUCAUCUGCAGCGGAGAAGGUGAACGGACACUGUCAUAAUGGAAUUCCUAAUGGCAAGCACAAAAGAAAUGGUCAUGUUAAAAGUACGGAGAAGAAACUAAAGUAAAGCACUAGGAGAAAUCAACACUAACGCUUCACUAAAGAGAGGAAUUAACUACUCUUCACUCAAAGAGCAGGGCCUAUCCAGGAAAUAAAUACAUGGGUCAAUAAAGAAACAAACCAACCAUUAUAACAACAAACUGUAAGUGGGAAGCCAAAGUAAGGAAGAAAGAAAGGAAACCAGAAAACAUAAACGGAAAGGUCCUGAGGACGUUUUUUUUUUUUCCCCAGGUGAAUGGAGUUAAUGUUCAGUUGUGGUUCUGAAUGUUGAGUUUAUCCUUGUGGAAAAAGCAACGGUUUUGAAGUUUAGAAAUUAAUGUUUUUAACAAGAAGCUAUCAUGCUCUGGGGCAUCAGGUUUUACUACAUCCAAAUACAACUAUUAUAUAAAUCUAUUUAUAUAAAUUUCAUACUUCUUGUGCACAGAGCACAGUUGUGCACUGAAUUUAAUUUAUGUUCUAUAUUUAUGUUUCACGCACUCCGUCCCUACUUUGUCUUUUCUUCAGGAAUAUUAAUUCUCGGACGUUAGUAGUGCUAGCAAGGUAGCAUUUUGCUAGUGUUUAUGUUGCCAGCCUUGCCUUAAUCUUUAAUAUGCGCUUUUCCUUUUGCUAACAUACAACCGUAUUCCUUGUAGACACAAAUCUGCACUAGCUAAUGCUAAAUGCUAGGGAGUUUGUUGGGGAUAGUUUAACUUGAAUCAUUUUGGAACGCUAGGAGCCAGUAUACUGGUGUACGCUUUUCCGUUUUGUUUAGCUGUUCUCAGCUAAUUUCAUUUAAUGAAUUAGCGUAGUUUCAGAUAAGGUGGAACAUCCCUUCACACAAUCCUUGUGUUGGCAGAUAUAGGUUAAAAUGAGCGAAUUGAUACAAUUUAUUAGGCCUUUUUACCCAUACUAUUGUUUUGCUUCAUGGAUGUUUAGGUUUUGCAGUUUAAAUUCUUCCUCAUCUUUACUCAAUGGUUUAUUUUAUUAAGCAAAUCAUGCUUAGGAGGACAUUUUUUUUAAAACGGGGGGAGGGGAGGAUACAGUAGUUUUUAUGCAUGAGUGCCUGUGUGUCUCGAAAUGUCCCAAAUUUUUAUUAGAACGUGUAUUGGACGAGUAAAAGAUUGCAAAAGAUUGUUUGCUGACAUGUUCCCACAAAUCAGUAGGCCUAGAGUGACCUGGUGGAAUUUGGUACUGUAACGAACAUUUCCCAUGGUGCUCUACUGGUUCUUUUAACCUUCAGCCAUUUUCAUUAGUGGAAGUUUUGUGAAAGGUACUAUUUUGGUAACAUGUCGAUCUAACAUUUAGUUGUGUGACUUUUCACCAGGUGGCACUGAACAGAACUUCUGUACAUUAUUUGUGCGUUAAAGUGCAUUCUCAGCCUCAGAGGUUUUAUUUAAAAAAACAAUGCCACUGGACAACCUGUUAUAAAAUCACAUGCUGGUUUUACAACUCAAUGUCAGACUGAAUUGUUGCCAGUAAUACUCUCAGUGUGAUUGUUUUAAAUGUACCACAACACUGUUCAUAUUUCCCAGUUCACUAAACAGUCGAAUCACUUAAACCAAAAUGACUUAAAUGAAGAUUCACUGACGUCAUAAUAAUUGAAAAACUGUUUUUACCACGAGGUUUAAAGCAUUUAUUCAGCCAAGCACUGUUUUAGACUGUCCAUACUUGAAAAUACACUGGCUGCAAUAUGGCUGCAAAUGCAUCAGAGCUAUGACUGGUGAAACAGUGACGCACACUCACACACUUUGAACAUUAUAAUUGUUUUUUCUAGUUGUUUGUUUUGUAUGAUUUUCAGUAUUAAUAGUAGAUGGUUAACAACAGAGGAAAAAGCUGCAGAUGGGCUGUAACCUUAAAGGCUGUGUGUGUGUGUGAGUGGUUAUAGACUACGAUUUCUUAUAUGUGAAAUGUGUAUGCUUGUACAUUCGAAUGGGGUUGCUUGAGCCUACUUGUGUCCAGCUUUGGCUUUAUAUACUGAUAAUUUAAAACCAAUGCUCCACUUCACUUACAGUACAUCAAUGCCUUUCUUUGUCUCUCAUAGUCUGUUUCCUGAUAAAGUCCUUGUAGAAGUAGUUGUUAAAGGCUGCUUGAAGGAGUUUAGUCUUAUUUUUUUAGUUUUUUUUUUCAUAAUGAUUUAAUGUGUGUCUGUGUUAUGUAAAUAAAAAGACAAACAAAAAUACUAAUGGUAAAUAAACAUUAAAUAUUUUGUUUGCUUACA